AUGCCACCUCUACCCCCCCUGAUCACCAUGCCACCUCUACUCCCCCUGAUCACCAUGCCACCUCUACUCCCCCUGAUCGCCAUGCCAUCUCUACUCCCCCUGAUCGCCAUGCCACCUCUACUCCCCCUGAUCACCAUGCCACCUCUACUCCCCCUGAUCACCAUGCCACCUCUACCCCCCCUGAUCACCAUGCCACCUCUACUCCCCCUGAUCACCAUGCCACCUCUACUCCCCCUGAUCGCCAUGCCAUCUCUACUCCCCCUGAUCGCCAUGCCACCUCUACUCCCCCUGAUCGCCAUGCCACCUCUACUCCCCCUGAUCACCAUGCCACCUCUACUCCCCCUGAUCACCAUGCCACCUCUACUCCCCCUGAUCACCAUGCCACCUCUACUCCCCCUGAUCGCCAUGCCACCUCUACUCCCCCUGAUCGCCAUGCCACCUCUACUCCCCCUGAUCGCCAUGCCACCUCUACUCCCCCCGAUCACCAUGCCACCUCUACUCCCCCUGAUCACCAUGCCACCUCUACUCCCCCCGAUCACCAUGCCACCUCUACUCCCCCAGAUCGCCAUGCCACCUCUACUCCCCCUGAUCGCCAUGCCACCUCUACUCCCCCUGAUCACCAUGCCACCUCUACUCCCCCUGAUCACCAUGCCACCUCUACUCCCCCUGAUCACCAUGCCACAUCUACUCCCCCUGAUCGCCAUGCCACCUCUACUCCCCCUGAUCGCCAUGCCACCUCUACUCCCCCUGAUCGCCAUGCCACCUCUACUCCCCCUGAUCGCCAUGCCACCUCUACUCCCCCUGAUCGCCAUGCCACCUCUACUCCCCCUGAUCGCCAUGCCACCUCUACUCCCCCUGAUCGCCAUGCCACCUCUACUCCCCCUGAUCACCAUGCCACCUCUACUCCCCCUGAUCACCAUGCCACCUCUACUCCCCCUGAUCACCAUUGCCCCAUUACUGCGAUUUCCUGCAAGGGAUUCGGUAUGA